AUGCGCCAGGAGGCGGUGCGCGACCCUGUGACGCAUCGCGAGAAGCCCAUGGUGGCCGUCUACCUGGACGGGCUGGUGCAGGCGGGGCCUUUCCUGGCGGUGCUGGAAUACCUGUACAUGGGGCGGCUGGAGCAACACGGGGCCGACCUGAUGCAGGUGGCGGCCAUCGCUGAGCUGCUGGAGGUCUUUGACCUGCGCAUGAUGGUGGCCAACAUCCUCAACAAGGAGAGCUUCAUGAACGAGGAGAUCAGCAAGGCCUUCCACGUCCGGCGCGCCAACCGGAUCAAGGAGUGCCUGACCAAGGGCACCUUUGCAGGUAGGGGAGGGGGCGGAGGGGGGCGGUCGGGGGGGGGCUCAGCUGGGCAGGAAGGGAGGAGGGGAAGGGGGGCAAGUUUCCGGGGAGGAGCGGCUGGAGAGAAGAGAAUUGCAGGAUUGUGGAGUGGGACCCCAGGGUCAUCCAGUCCAACCCCGACACUGGGAAGUCAUGUGACAGCCACGAAGGGCUGUCGCAGGCAGGGCCGUAUUGAGGUUUGAUGUGGCCCUCAGCUCCUGAAGGUAACGGGGCCCUUUCUAUGUCCAGCUGUCCUUUGUCAACAACAAAUUGUUGCUGAUUUUUGUGUUGAAUAGAUGCUAUAUGGUAAUUUAUGGACCUAAUAAGUAUUUAAAGCUAUUUGCAUAUAACAAAAUAUGUAGUGAUUAUUGAAGUGAAAUACAAUUAUGAACCAGUGAUAUUUUAGGGAGCAGGCUAGCAGGCGGGGCCCAUGACUUACAUCACAGGAGCCGACACAACACAAAACACUGCUGCUGUAUGUAGGUUUUAUUUUAUUUUUUAUCUUCUAUUUUGGAAAUGUACAUCCAGUUUUUUCCCCUUUAAAUUUUUUGGGGGUCCCCAAGAGAGUGGGGCUCUAAGCUAUAGCCUGUUUAGCUUAUACCUAAAUCUGGCGCUGGUCCCAGGGCAGAUGGGGCAGCGAGCCACCGUCGAAGAUCUGAAGCAGUGUCCGAUCAAAUGUUAGGAAGACCCUUUUGAGGAUCAGAGCUGGGUGACUGGGGAACAGACUCCCCGGGGAGAUGGACUUUCCUUCGUUGGAGGUUUCUCAGCCCAGGUUGGGGGACCACCUGCCAGGGGGUUCUUUAGCCGUGACUCCUGCAUCCAGCUCUCUGAGAGGAAGCCCCCCCUGACGGCCCGCUUCCUCUUCCCUGCCAGAUGUCAUCUUUGUGGUCGACGACGGGUUGGUGCCAGCCCACAAGCCCCUUCUCCUGGCCGGCUGCGACUUCAUGGUCGCCAUGUUUGGGAGCACCUUCCGGGAGAGCUGCGCUGCGGAGGUGAGGAGUGGGGGGCAGCGGGGGGGGGGCCUGGAAAGGGGGCCCCUCUUGGGGUGGGAGUUUGAGCCUUCAGGGAUGUCGCUGGCUGGGCAUCCUUGGGGUGGGGGAUUUCGGAGGCCAUUUUUUGGUAUUUUAUUAUCAGCCCUGCUGGCUGAUAACCAGUGAGACACAGCACACAAAGAGGAAGGAGCAGGGAGGGAAGAGGAAAACCACAACUUCUAAACAGCUUGUUUAUUUUAUCUCUGGAAACUUACAUGCUGCUUGAUUUGGGGGGGGGGAAGGAUAAGUGUUUUACAAUAAGCUUAAAACAAUAAAAUUAUCACUAAAAGAUUGACGGCCAUAAAUAUGCAGACAGUUAAAACCAGACUAGAAUAGACAGAAACCAACUGAAACUCUUGCAAACUUUCUAAGCAUCUGGGUAGGCUGGUCUGAAUAAGCCGAAAGCAAAGCCUGAUAUCAACAGGCCGGGAGCCUCCAGAGAGUUUGUGUUGCCACACUAACUGUUCUCCCAGAUGCGGUGGGGAUAUUGUGUGGCACCUGUACAAGUGCCAGUCCCACAGAUCUAAGUGGACAGAUGUGGGGAAAGGCGAUCUCCCUGGUCCCAGGCUUCCUUUAUAUGCUAAGAUUAACACUUUGAACUUGGCCGGGAAGCCGAUUGGCAAGGCGGGCAGAUCUCUGUGCACAGGUGCCCCACAGUGCCCUGGCGUGGCUCCAGCCAGCAAUUGCUCUGCAGCAGCCUGCCCAGACUGCGGCUUCCAGAUCCAGCCCACACGGAGCGCCUUGUGCCCCGAAUGACCAGCUGCCACGGUUCUGGGGGCAGGAAGAGCCAGAGAAAGCUGCCCUCUUGCACCUGAGCAGAUGCAGUGAGCUCUGUCUCUCGGCUCUCCUGUGGCUGGAAUGGCUAAAGGUUGGGGGGGCACCUUCCGGAAGGUGCAAGUCUUGCCCUGUCGCCUUGCCAGAGCUAGCCCCACGCAGGUGCCUGAAAGCCAGGGUGUGAAUGCACUUCUGUGGCCUGAGCUGGUGCAAAACUCCCUCCUUUUGGUGCCUUGUGUUUCCUGGGGCAGCUGGAGUCACUGCACAUGAAAAUACCGUAUUUUUCGCCCCAUAAGAUGCACCUGACCAUAAGACGCACCUAGUUUUUAGAGGAGGAAAACAAGGAAAAAAAAUUCUGAACGAAACAGUGGAUGUAUGAUUUUUGUGGUUCCUGCUGUGGCCACAGACAUGUGAUCUGACGGUGACUUUGGGGUGACCCAAUGCAAAAAUCCAUGUGGAUCCGUGCUUUGUUUUUGCGCCAUUGCGGCCCCACAAAACAGUGGGUGCGUGAUUUUUUGGGUGCAGGCUGUAGCCCUGGACAUGCUAUGUGAUCUGAUGGUGAAUUUGGGGUGACCCAGUGCAAAAAUCCUGAGGAUGCAAGGGCUUUUACCUCCCCCCUCCCAGGCAGCCUCCUUUAUCUCUAGCAUCCCUUUUCUCUCUCCCCGAUUGGCAAACGAUCAGCAGCUUUGUUUCAACACCCACUUUCCUCUUUCCAAAAAAAAAAAAAAAAAGCACGAUCUGUUUUUCUCCCCUGGGCAAUUCGGCUCCAGGGACCACACAUUCACUCCAUAAGACGCACAGACAUUUCCCCUUAAUUUUCAGGAAGAAAAAAGUGCGUCUCAUGGAGCGAAAAACACGGUAUAUCUUUUCUUGCCACUGGCAUCGUGUGAAGCCCUGGGCUGGGGGUGGCUGUCCUGGCAGCUGAGCCAAGAGGCCUGGCAGGUCAACGGCAUGGGCUGCUGACGUGGGUCAGGCUUCCGACCAAGUGUGCGCCCAUUGCCAGGCACCCGCCUUCUCUCUGCAUGGCAAAGGUGGUGUUGGUGGGGCGAGUCCUGACCCCCACCCCGUGCUCUGAGACCCUCAAGCUGAGCCCAGGCUUCUUUCCCUCCCGCGCCCGACCCCUUUGGCAGCAGGAAAACCAGCUGGCUGCUGGAAUGUGCUCCCCCAGCCAGGAGCUGCCAGGGCCAGAGAUAAAUCGGGCAUCACGAAAAGAAAGGGUCACGGGGCUCACGAGGGGCUGGGGUGGCAGCCAAGGCUCUUCUGGCGCCACCCUGGCCUCCCCCCGGCCUGCCCAAAUUGGUCUUGCUUCCGUCUUGUCUGGGCUUCUGAGGCUCUUUUGUUCCCCUUUGGGGAGGGGGGGUUCAGCCUCUCUCCCCGGCUAACUAAAGUAGCAAGGCAAGUGCCUCUGAGCAUGUGCAGAGGGUGCUCUUUCUGGGUUGCUGGCGGAAGCAGCUUCCGUCCUUCCAGAAAGAAAUCUCCCAAGUCCAAGGAGGAGCUGGAGGGCCGGGUGGGGAGGUUUGGAGGGGGCGACUGGGGGGCAGCGAGGAAAAGCGUUGGGUUGGUGGGGGUUGCGUGACUUUGCCCAGGAGCCCCCAGGACUGGGGACAAGAGGAGAGCAGAGGAGUCAUUAUUUUUAUUUCCUGAAGUUUAUGCACCGCCUGAUUGUAAAACGAAACGGAAAAGCAAACCUCAAAGCGGUUUGCAAAAAAGGUGCAACAAUAAAGUGAGGCUUUUGCAAAGCUAAAUUAGCGACAGGCGAAAAGCGUGACAUCUCACAGGGACUCUCUCUCGGCCUCUGGGCAGGCUUGUCUUCCAAACCAGAAUGUUUGGCCCUGGAGGCACCUGCUUGAUCUCAAGUGGCAAGGAGUUCCGGGUGCCACCCGUCCAGUUCUUAUAAAUGCAGAGCUGGUCUUGCAUGGCGAAGGCGCCUGCUUGAGAUCUAUGGGCAGAAGGCCCAAAGCCGGAGGGUAGGGGGCCAGGCGAAGGCAGCUCCUCCAGAGACCCUUCUGCCCCCCCCCCCCAGGUCGCCUUGCCGGGCACCAACUGCGCCUGCCUGCGGGCCGUGCUGGAGUUCCUCUACACGGGCCUCUUUGUCCCCACGCCAGACCUGGACGCCAUGGAGCUGCUGGUGUUGACCAACCGCCUUUGCCUGACCCGCCUGCAGGCCCUGACCGGUGAGUCCUUGGCUGGGCUGGACCCGGAUGUGGGGGGGGGAGGAGGAGGGGCUCCCCCCCCCCCGCUCACCCAUCUGGCCGCUGCUGCCUCCUGCCUGGAGGCCGCUUAUGUAAGCUGCCGAUAAGAUAAUGAGGCUGUUGGUUGGGGACGCAGCGUCCCUGGGAUCAAUGAGUCCCCGAGCCUGGAUGGCUGGCCAGCAGCGGGAGGGUGGGGGACCAUUAACCUCUCGGGAAGCAGCACUGGGGGUGGGGAAGAGAGGAAAUGGAAGCAGGGGCCUCUUUCUUGCUUGCCCUGUCUGGGUUCUGGCAAGCGGCAGUGGAGCUCCUGAGCACACACAGAGUGCAUUCCUGGGGCAGCAGGGAAGAGAGGAGUGCAGGGACUUUUUCACGGGGAUAAUGUGCUCUCUUUUGACCCCUGGGUGGGUUCUGGGGAGCGGCAGUGGGGCCCCUGAGCGCACACAGAGUGCAUUCCUGGGUUUUCUCGGGGGUGAGGAUGCCCCUCCCAGUCUGAGGCCCUUUCCUGGUCUUCUCCCCAGAGCAGUACGCAGUGGAUGAACUGGUCCAUGCCAGCCUGCAGAAGGUGGAGAUUGAUGCCCAGGUCAUCCUCUACCUGGAGAUGACGCAGGUAUUCAUCGGCCCCACAGGCUCCCUCGCUAAUUAUUGUUGCUGUUGUUGUUGUUGUUGUUAUUGAACUAAUUAAACAAAUGAAUACAACAGAAUUAACAGAACUCUCCCCCUGGGGGGGAAAACAGCGCAAUGUUAGGCUGGAAAAGUUCUUGAGGCCAUUAGGAAAAAUCAAAUGUCAUGUUGUGUUACGGAGGCAGAAUCCUGUCUCCGUAUUUGAAACCCCAGAAGUGUAGAAUUGGAAGGGACCCGAAAGAGAUCGCAGCUGUUAGCUGCAAAGAAGAUAAAUUCAACCAAAGGAGAUGCAGAAUUUUUGCAGGGUCCUCCGAGCCGUUCGCAACACACAAUUUAUGAGAUUUUUUUUCAACUCUGCAUGUUUUUUAAAUAACAGAUUGGAAGUUGCCAAUCCGCUUGGGGGGGGGGGGCAGCUGAGGUUCUGCCAGCUCCCAGCGUCCCUGUCUGGAGAGCGGAAGCCUUUUAGCGGACGCAGCUGCAGUGAAGAUGGAACGAGACCCAGCCUUUGCGGGGUGGAGCCCUGGGGGUGGGUGUCUGAGGCGUUCCCAAAGUAAAGGAAGGAUUGGACUCUGAUAAUAAGAAUACACACAGAGGCUUGAACCAGCAAGACUCUGGGAGGAGUGCGUAUAAUAAUAAUUCCUGUCCACCCUCCGGCCAAGGUCGUUUUAUUCACAAAAUCUGAUUGGUUCUUAUGAACACUUUACACAGUGUUCGUAAGAACCAAUCAGAUUUCCUCUGAGCAUUUCAAAAAACCCCACAUGGGGACAAAGUUAAAGUUAAAACUACAAAAAGCUAAUUUCCUACUUGAGCAUGCAUAUGCAAUUCAGGAAGCAAAGAGGAAUGCUUUUAGGAAGGUCAUAAACAGGAGUAAACAGGAGAGGGCGGAAGGAUGGCAAGGAAAGAGUAUUCACCAUCUCCUUGUGAACUCUCUUCAUGGCCCCUAAGAUCUGUCUAAAGAUUAAACUACAUCAAGGUAACCGACUAUCUUUAUGUACUGAGGAUGCCUGAGGAAGCAACUGGCAGCUGGGCUGUGUACGUGUCAAGCAAGAGAAAUAGGACAGGGAUGCAGAGGCGUGGAUUGAUCAGAAAUCUCAUCAAAAUGGCUCAAACCCAGUCAUCGCAAGGCUUCCAUUGCUGACACAAAUGGCUUCCUCCAUAUUUUUUCUAAUUCCUCAUAGCAAUCCCACCUGAUCACUACAGGUGUCUGCCCUGGGGGGCUUCUAGAUUCUGCCCCUGGGAACAUGGGGUGUCUGAAGUUGCUCCCCCCCAGAUGUAUUUGCUGCCAGGACUGGGCCUUCUGCAUUCACGGCACUGCCACUGAGCAAACCUCUCUCCCCCCGGCAUGGUGAAUUUUGUGGCUUGGAGUCAUUCUCAAAAUCAAGAUAGUGGACGGAUCAAGGGAAGGCACAGAUCCGCGCUCUCCUUCCUCGGUCGGAACACUGUGUCCGGUUCUGGGCACCGCAAUUUAAGAAGGAAAUAAAUUACACAGAGCUCAGUUGGUUGGAGUCUUCUGCUCCAAGGCUGUGGGUUCUAUCCCCAUAUGGGGCAGAGUCCUGCCUUCCAAGGGGGUUGGGCCAGAUGACCCCCAGAGUCGCUUCAGGGAUCUUUGGAGAUGGGGUGGGGGCCGUGCAUGUGCUUUUGUGCCCCUCACCGUUGCCCCCCUCCUCCCCCCGCAGUUCCACAACGCCCGCCAGCUGGCUGCCUGGUGCCUUCACUAUCUCUGCACCAACUACAACAGCGUCUGCCGCCGCUUCCCCCGCGAGAUGAAGUGCAUGUCUCCAGGUAGGGCCCCUGGGCACGGGGGAACCGCUGCCUGGGGGGCGGCACAGCUCCUCUGCCUGGGGGGCGGCCCUCUGCCCAAGGAGGCAGGAGUUGUGGUUCCUGCAUUGCAAGGGGGGGGCACUAGACGAGGGAAGGUGGAGCUGGGACUGCCCUUCUGGGGGGUGUUGAAUUGCGGAGGUGGCGGGGUCUGUGUUGGAUGCCCCUGUUGGGAUGCUGCCAGGGAGACUGGGGCAUCAGGCAAGGCCCCCAGCUGGCUCCAGCCACCGGCCGGCAGCCGGACGAUCACCUGUCUCCCUUGGAAGAGCAUCAAUCGGUGACAUGAGCCUCAGAUAUGUUUAGAGAUCUGUGCACACUCUAUCAGCAGAGUGUGUAAACCUUCUCACAGCAGAAGAGGCAGACAGAGCCGUGUAUUUUAUAGCAUUUCCCCCCCCCAAUUUUUUUUUAUUGGUUUUCACAAUAUUAUAAACAAACAAACACACAAGACAAACAAACAAAACAAACGUAAAUCAUAGCCUUAUUGAAAAUUACAGUUACAGUGGUGCCCCGCAAGACGAAUGCCUCGCAAGACGAAAAACCCGCUAGACGAAAAGGUUUUCUGUUUUUCGAUGCGCUUCGCAGGACGAAUUUCCCUAUGGGCUUGCUUCGCAAGACGAAAACGUCUUGCGAGACUUGUGAUUUUUUCCGCUCCCCCCCCCUUUUUCUAAGCCGCUAAGCCUCUAAUAGCCUUUUAGCCGCUAAGCCUUUAAUAGCCGCUAAACCGCUAAUAGCGCUAAGCCGCUAAGCCGCUCAUAGGGUUGCUUCGCAAGACGAAAAAACCUAUUUUCGUCUUGCGAGGCACCACUGUAUUAACUUUGUUAAGUGACUUCCUCGCUUCCCCUUGGUUGAAUUUGUUUGCAUGUCCUUUUAACGGUUUUCCAAAUCCCAAUUUUUAUGAAAUUUAACUUAAACUUUAACAUCCUUAAAUCUUCACCUUAUAGAAUUAAACAUAUUAAUUCAUCACUUAACAUAAAUAAAAUCCUAAGCCCGUUAAGUAUCUGCAAGCUAAGUAAUCAUUAAAUUUAUUCCAUUCUUCCUGAUACUCCUCCUCCUUCUGGUCGCGGACUCUUCCGGUAAGGUCGGCUAGCUCCGAAAAAUCCAUCAUCUUCAUCUGCCAUUCUUCUAUUGUUAGUAAUUCUUGGGUUUUCCACUUUUUAGCUAACAAAAUACGAGCAGCAGCUGUGGCAUACAAAAAUAAUUCUGUAUUUUACAGCAUUUUAUUCAGCAGCAGGUACAAAGGGGAAAACAUGUCUGCUUCCCUUUGUCUCCAGCAAAACAGCAGCAAUGCAAAAACAAUAUACAAAACGGAAGUUUCCAGCAGACUGUGCUGGAAAUGUAAACAGGCAUGUGACACACAAGAGUCCUGCCUGUACCCUUUUAAGGUGGAACGGAACUCUAUCCUAACAGCCCCAUCUCCCUGUCUCCCCCCCCCCCCCAGAGAACCAGGCCCACUUUGAGCGCCACCGCUGGCCCCCGAUCUGGUACCUGAAGGAGGAGGACCGCUACCUGCGCCUGCAGAGAGAGCGCCAGCUGGAGGAGGAGAUGCUUCAGAAACAGCACCCGCGGCGCAAGUGGUGCUUCUGGCGCCCCCAGCACACCAGCCCCGUCUCCUGA